CCACUGAUCAAAUUUAUGUGAUAGUCAGGAGAUGGGCAAAGAGAACACACACAACUUCUGUUCAAAUGGCAACCAAGCCGGCCCUCUCCUCUUUUCUCUGUACCAAAGUUUCAGUUUUUCCCAAGUUACGGUCACAGAAUCCUCUCACUUACAUACCUACUUCACUGAAGCCAAGAGUUCAUUUCAAAAUUCUCGCUAACUUGGGGGGAAGUGAUGGGGAAGUCAAGCCGAAAGGAAAAAGAAAGUUUGUUACAAGAGAAGAAGAACCAGACCAGUUUUGGCAAACAGCAGGAGAGAGAGAAGGGGAGAACCCCAUGAAGACCCCUCUUCCUUACAUUAUAAUAUUUGGCAUGUCAACUCCUUUCGUUUUCUUAGCCAUUGCUUUUGCCAAUGGUUGGAUUAAGAUGCCUGUUCGAUGAGUAGCUACUUGGUAUGUAAACAUACAUUUAUAGUUUGUUACAUCUGUUCUUAAUAUAAUUGUUAGCUUUAUGAG